GAGGUUUUGGAACCUCUUUCUAAAAGGGCCAGAGAAAGCACCCUGCUACAUUUGCUAAUCGGGAGGCUGUGCGGGGCUGAGCUGGGUCAGGAUGCAGCAGGUUCCCGUGGGCAGCAGGCUUGUCCUGGCUCUCGUCGUCGUCCUGGUUUGGGGAUCUUCAGUUCAAGGUUAUCCUGCUCGGAGAGCCAGGUACCAGUGGGUCCGCUGCAAACCAGAUGGGUUUUUCGCAAACUGCAUUGAGGAGAAGGGUCCACAGUUCGACCUCAUAGCAGAUGAAUCCAACAACAUCGGCCCUCCGAUGACCGAUCCUGUUUUGAUGGGAGGAUUCCCGAAAGAUUUCUUCCCCAUUUCUGAUGACUAUCCUGGGUCAGGCUCGGGCUCUGGGUCAGGUUCGGGCUCGGGCUCGGGCUCUGGCUCUGGCUCCGGCUCUGGUUCAGGCUCUGGCUCUGGCUCAGGUUCCGGCUCAGGAAGCGGCUUCCUAGGUGACAUGGAAUGGGAAUACCAGCCAACAGAUGAAAACGAUUUUGUCUAUAUCAACUAUAGGCCUCUUGACAGGAUGCUCGCUGAGCAAAACCAAGACCAACCAGAAGACGAUUUUAUUAUAUGAGAGUGACCGUCUCUGUCUCUGUCUCCCCACUUCCAUGAGGAACAAUGUAUUCAGUAUACUUUGUGUACCACGUUUAAAUGAUCAGUCUCAGGAUAAAGAGUGUUACAGAAAAUUUAAAAUGCCUGGAAACGACUCUUGAAUCCUGUUAUCCCUUCCCUCAUUAAUUCGUAAGGAAUUAUGCUUUAAUGCUGUUAUCUAUCUUACUGUUCUGGAAAAUAUCUGCAUUUAUAUGUGUAUUGAAUCAACAUUAUGAAAUUAACAUAUACUCCCAUUAUUAUACAAUAACUUUAAAAGCCAUACUGGCUUUGAAAAUUUUAAUUUGAUAGCAAGUUGAUGAACAAUACUUCAUACCUAAAGUGUUCAGGCACCCAAUUUGCAUUGUAGAUUAAAGAUAUAUUCCUUUAUGUGAUUAAAAAGAAAAUAAAGUGAAACACAGUGGCCUCCUACCGUGGCUAUGUGACAUGGUUUAUAUAGUGAGGAGUAUAUAUUGAGCUGUGGCCAUUGGAUGUGAUGGGGAGGAUCAAACGUUGUUUACCUAAAAAUGUUGUAGGUUUUAGAGUUAGAAACGUAACACUUCAAAUAACAUAGAAUUGUGGUCUCAACGGCUCCUAAUGCUUCGCCUUUGCCUAGAUGUCUGUUCAGAUUUAAAUGUUACUCCAUUAAAGUAAACAUAUAACCAAA